GCUAAUUGGUCUCGUCAGGCGGCCGGCAGGAGCAGAUCCGAGCCGUGUCAUCCUCUUAGCGCCCUCACGCCACCCGCCGCUCCCGCCCCGUGCCCCCUCCCGCCGCGGCUGCAGUCUCCGCUACCCCCAUUGUUGUCUCUGCCCUCCCCGCGGGCCCAGGGCAUGCUCCGUGCCCCUGCGCCAGGUCUCGGCGGCGGCAGGCGACACUCCGCGCCGGCGGAGACAUGAGGCGCGGCCGGUGGGCCGCCCUGGCCCUGGGGCUGCUGCGCCUCUGCCUGGCUCAGGCCAACUUCGCGCCCCACUUCUUCGACAACGGGGUCGGCAGCACCAAUGGAAACAUGGCUCUGUUCAGCCUCCCAGAGGACACCCCUGUAGGCUCUCACGUAUACACCCUGAAUGGGACAGACCCUGAGGGAGACCCCAUCUCCUACCACAUCAGCUUUGACCCCAGCACUAGAAGCGUCUUUUCUGUUGACCCCACUUUUGGAAACAUCACCUUGGUUGAAGAGCUGGACAGAGAGAGGGAAGAUGAGAUUGAAGCCAUUAUCAGCAUUUCUGAUGGCCUGAAUCUGGUGGCCGAAAAAGUCGUGAUCCUGGUGACCGAUGCCAAUGACGAGGCGCCCAGGUUCAUCCAGGAGCCUUAUGUUGUCCUGGUUCCCGAGGACAUACCUGCUGGGAGCAUCAUCUUUAAGGUUCAUGCGGUGGACAGGGACACGGGCUCUGGAGGGAGUGUCACCUACUUCCUGCAGAACCUGCACUCCCCAUUUGCCGUGGACCGCCACAGCGGUGUGCUGCGCCUCCAGGCUGGGGCCACUCUGGACUACGAGAGGUCCCGGACCCACUACAUCACCGUGGUUGCCAAGGAUGGAGGUGGGAGGCUUCAUGGGGCUGAUGUGGUGUUCUCAGCCACCACCACGGUCACGGUCAAUGUGGAGGAUGUUCAGGACAUGGCCCCUGUCUUCGUGGGCACACCCUACUACGGCUAUGUGUACGAGGACACCCUUCCGGGCUCGGAGGUACUGAAGGUGGUCGCCAUGGAUGGAGAUCGGGGCAAACCCAAUCGAAUUCUCUACAGCCUUGUGAAUGGGAGCGAUGGAGCCUUUGAAAUUAAUGAGACAUCUGGAGCCAUUUCCAUCACUCAGAGCCCGGCCCAACUCCAGAGAGAGGUGUAUGAGCUGCAUGUACAGGUGACCGAAAUGAGCCCUGCUGGGAGCCCAGCUGCCCAGGCCACCGUCCCAGUCACCAUCAGGAUUGUGGACCUCAACAACCACCCGCCAACAUUCUAUGGAGAGAGUGGACCCCAAAACAGGUUUGAGCUGUCCAUGAAUGAGCACCCACCCCAGGGAGAGAUCCUGCGGGGCCUCAAGAUCACCGUCAAUGACUCCGACCAGGGAGCCAAUGCCAAAUUCAACUUGCAGCUGGUGGGACCCAGGGGCAUCUUCCGAGUGGUUCCACAGACAGUCCUGAAUGAAGCCCAAGUCACGAUCAUUGUGGAGAACUCAGCUGCCAUUGACUUUGAAAAGUCCAAAGUAUUAACCUUCAAGCUCCUGGCUGUUGAAGUGAACACCCCGGAGAAGUUCAGUUCCACAGCGGAUGUUGUGAUCCAGCUCCUGGACACCAAUGACAAUGUCCCCAAGUUCGACUCCCUCUACUACGUUGCCAGGAUUCCUGAGAACGCCCCAGGGGGCUCCAGUGUGGUGGCUGUCACAGCUGUGGAUCCAGACACAGGACCCUGGGGCGAAGUGAAAUAUUCCAUCUAUGGGACUGGGGCAGACCUCUUCCUGAUCCACCCAUCCACUGGGCUUAUCUACACCCAGCCCUGGGCUAGCCUGGACGCUGAGGCCACUGCCAGGUACAACUUCUAUGUGAAGGCAGAGGACAUGGAGGGCAAGUACAGCAUAGCUGAGGUGUUUAUCACACUGCUGGAUGUCAAUGACCACCCCCCUCAGUUUGGAAAGAGCAUUCAGAAGAAGACGAUGGUGCUAGGGACCCCAGUGAAAAUUGAGGCCAUAGACGAGGAUGCAGAGGAACCCAACAACCUGGUGGACUAUUCCAUCACCUAUGCAGAGCCUGCCAACGUGUUCGACAUCAAUUCCCACACGGGGGAGAUCUGGCUCAAGAAUUCCAUCCGCUCCCUGGAUGCCCUGCACAACAUCACACCCGGAAGGGACUGCCUAUGGUCCCUAGAGGUGCAGGCCAAGGACCGGGGCUCCCCAUCCUUCAGCACCACAGCCUUACUCAAGAUUGACAUCACAGAUGCUGAGACCCUCUCCCGGAGCCCCAUGGCUGCCUUCCUGAUACAAACCAAGGACAACCCCAUGAAGGCCGUGGGUGUGCUGGCCGGCACCAUGGCCACCGUAGUGGCCAUCACCGUCCUCAUCUCCACCGCCACCUUCUGGCGCAACAAGAAGUCUAACAAGGUCCUGCCAGUGCGGCGGGUACUCCGCAAGCGGCCCAGCCCUGCGCCCCGCACCAUCCGCAUUGAGUGGCUCAAGUCCAAGAGCGCCAAAGCCUCUACCAAGUUCAUGCUCAAAGAGAAACCUCCCAAUGAGAACUGCAACAACAACAGCCCAGAAAGCUCCCUGCUACCGAGAGCUCCGGCUCUCCCUCCACCACCCAGCGUGGCGCCCAGCACUGGCGCAGCCCAGUGGACCGUGCCUACCGUCUCUGGCUCUCUCACUCCGCAGCCGACCCAACCCCCACCAAAACCCAAAACUAUGGGAAGCCCCGUCCAGUCAACUCUGAUCUCUGAGCUCAAGCAAAAGUUUGAGAAGAAGAGUGUGCACAACAAGGCUUACUUCUAGUGUGUGCCCUAUGACCCCCCAUCUUUCCUCCACCCCGACCCCCACCACCCUGCUGCUCGGACUAUGCUCCCCUUCCUCUGCUCCUUAAGGUCACUGACCCCUGUUUUGUACAAUGGUAUAAUUCCCACUGUCCUCAUCUCUACCGCCACCUUCUGGCGCAACAAGAAGUUGCGCUCUGACAGGGCUCUAGUCAGGGCCUUGGGGAAGACAUUGGGCUCUAGGAUGCAACUGGCAAAUACUUCCCCGUUACUCAAAUCCUUGGCACUACUACAAUGCCCUCCAUUCUUCAGGGCUGGGAAUUGACGAGAAGCCAGCUCUAUGUGUCUUCUACUCACCCAUCCCAGACCUCACAGUCCCGCAGUUUCUACUGGGAUCUCAUCAUCAUCCUUAGUCAAACAGCAGGGCCCUGGCCACGUGGAGCAACACUGACUAGAAUCUGGAUCCUGAGGCCUGCAGCUGAGAGCAGGAGCAGGAAAAGGAGGCUCAGCACUGUCUCAGGCUGGAGGUCAGCGAACUUCGUGGGCUGUGGGAAAGCAAAUGUAGGUAAGGGGAGAGCAAAGAUGCACAGAAAACACACUGACUGAGGGACUGUGCCGGGAUGCAUUUGGAAAGAUAGAGCAUUCUGUCUGGGCACAGACUGUGGACCCUGGUAUGCCCACGUGGGACCAGGGACACAGAGGUGGAAGAUGGGCCUCGCCAAGAGUGAGGGCAGAUGUCUCCAGCCAGGACAGCCCUGAGCCCAAAAAUGUCAAAGCUGGAGCUAUAGAGGCAGCCCUGAAGGCAUCUAGAAGAGCAUCAGGGCCGCUCUCUGAGGAGCUGCCCCACCAGCCAUCCUUGAAGAGACAAUUCAGGGCAGUUGAUAAAUAUCAGGGCUGAGAUGUGGGGAGACUUCCGUUUUUAUCCAGCUCUUCUGCUCACAUCGCGUAACCUUGGGAAAGCUGUUUAAAGUCACUGAUCAUCCUCUUCCUCAUCUGUAAAUGAAGAAAGUAAGCCCUGUCUGCCUCACUUGCAGGUCUAGGGUGAGGAUUGAAGAAAAUAGUGGUGAUGAGGGCUUUAACCAAGUGCAAAGCGACAUGAAUGCAAAGUAUUUUUCUGCAGCGCAGUUCUCUGGGUGCAGCUCUUCCAGAAAGUAUUAGGAGCGUCACAGCUACUCUGCCAGGCACCCCAGCAGACACUGUGCUAGGCUUAGGGGCUACCACUGGAUGAUGGCCUGCCGUACCUCACACACCUCUCCUUCCGUUCUUCCCUCACCCCAUCCCCACUGUGGUCCUGGCCAGCUACCGUCAGAGAGAACCAGAGCUCCAGGUCUCCAAUUUGCCAAGAUGAAGAAAAUGAGUUCCCAAGAACGGGAAUGCUUUGCCGGAGGCCACACAGCAGGUUGGUAGCAAGGAUCUGAUCUAGCCAGGGCAGAACUCAUCAGCUUGUGACAACCUUCCCCAGGAGAGAAGUCAUACAAGGCCUCUGGGGUUAAUACAAAUAGGUUGUGCCCUCCUUUAAGGAACCUGCUAUCAGGAAAUCUAGGUGUGUGCACAGAGAGAGAAAAGUAGAACAGUUCUUUGCAUUUGACUCCACUCACUAACAACGCUUCUAGAAUACAAUGGUGAUUUUAUUUAAAGAGAUUGUAUGCACAUGUGGCUUUCCUGAUUUCUGAGUCCGUGUUUGGAGGUGUUACUGAGAUGUGCCAGUGUGCAGAAUCUUAGCUAGGGUUUCUAUAGUCCCCAACUUGAACAGCAUUAAGCAAGAGGUGGACUCGAGCAAUCCAGGAGCCCAGAGUGAGCAAACAAGUACUUUCCAGCCUGUGUUUCAGGAGAGGACUGUGCUGGAUCAUGCUUGCCCUCCACAGGGAAUACAGCAUCCUUACAGCUUGCAUGCAAUGAACCUCUUUUGUAAAUGGAAAAUAAAGUCUGUUACCCAAAGGACA